CAAACAAAAAGCGAAAUGGAGGAAAGAACAGUAACUCUAGAAAUCCCUGAAGUUUUGAAGAGGCAGCUGGAGGAUGAUUGUUACUCCAUUAAUCGGAGGAAACGGUUAGUGAAACUUCCAUGCCACACCAACAUCCUAACGAUUUUGGAAUCCUAUGUGAGGCAUUUUGCUAUCAGUGCAGCCUUUUCAGCCAAUGAGAGGCCUCGUCACCAUCAUGCUAUGCCACAUGCCAACAUGAAUUAUAUCCCAGCAGAAAAGAAUGUUGACCUUUGUAAGGAGAUGGUGGAUGGAUUAAGAAUAACUUUUGAUUACACUCUCCCGUUGGUUUUACUCUAUCCCUAUGAACAAGCUCAGUAUAAAAAGGUGACUGCAUCUAAGGUUUUACUUGCAAUUAAGGAAAGUGCCACAAAUACUAGUAGGAGCCAGGAGAAGCUCUCUCCCAGCCCACGUUUGUUGAAUCCAUCCAGGCCGCAGUCUACAGAGAGUCCGUCGACCACUGGUGAACCAGCCACCCCCAAAAGGCGCAAAGCCGAGCCGGAAGCAGUGCAGUCUCUGAGGCGGUCCUCGCCCCACACUGCCAACUGUGACAGGCUUUCUAGGAGCAGCACCUCACCUCAGCCCAAGCGCUGGCAGCAGGACUUGUCCACCAGCAUGCCCAAGCUGUUCCUGCACCUGGAAAAGAAGACACCUGUGCAUAGCAGAUCAUCUUCACCUAUUCCUCUGACUCCUAACCAGAGUCAGGGAAUAGAAGGGAGUGCUGCGUUUGCUGGCUUUGAAGGGAGAAGAACUAAUGAAAUAAAUGAGGUCCUCUCCUGGAAGCUUGUGCCUGACAAUUACCCACCAGGUGACCAGGCGCCUCCACCCUCUUACAUUUACAGGGCGCAACAUUUGCUGUGACUGUUUGUAAAACUUCCAGAAAUUCUUGGAAAAAUGUCCUUUACUGAGAAGAAUCUGAAGGCUUUAUUGAAGCACUUUGAUCUCUUUGUGAGGUUUUUAGCAGAAUACCACGAUGACUUCUUCCCAGAGUCAGCUUAUGUCGCUGCAUCUGAGGUGCAUUACAGCACCAGGAACUCCCUCCCAGGCAGUCUAUAA